AUGCAACAGAAUUUCUCUGUUCUACUUGCUCUCACUGUUUCAGUGCUUUUAGGAAUCAGUUUAAAAAAACGUUCCGAGGGGUGUGAGUUGCGUGCAAACGAUCAUGAACGGAUUCGCAGUCGCCUCUCUGCUGUGCUCAAUCAAUACUUCUCCCCGAUAGCACAAUUUCCUGGUUUAUAUUACUUUCACGGAGGAGAGAAAACAACGCAGUCUCGUGUUCAUCGGUCGACCACGCAACGCUUUGAUACUUCGCCCAUUCCUGGGUCAAUUUCGAACAUCCUUGCUUCGCCUCCGACGAAUUCUCCACCGGAAUAUCAGAAGUCUGUUGUUUCGGGUAGCCGACAAGUUAUGUUUUCUACCUCUUCGAGAUCCGGAAGCGAUACUGAGGAAAUCAGGAAGAGAGAACGGAUUGAAACAGUUGAGGAGAAAAAAGAGAGUGCAAUAUGCGCGGAGUUAUUAGCUCCUAAUGAGGAUCAACUGAUGUCCCAUAAGAAACCUCUCUUUUUAAAAGUUAUGCUAGAGCUCAAGCAUGGAGGUGUGGAGGUCCAACUUCCCGUCAAAAACCUCCCAAUAUGCCUCUUGGAUGUCCUGCCCAGCUCCGAUGAGGUGAAUCUGCAAGAACUCAGCCUCACUGUAACUUUUAUUCCUCUUGUUUGGAAGCCAAAAGUUAGAAUAUCCUUCUCCAAUGCUAGUGCUGAGUCCCCAGUUCGUCAGGAAUCUUCAGGAACUGCUACCAGUCCUGGUGGGCACCUAGGUCCCGUGGAAGAAAUGAGUGAAUCUUCCAACGGUAGCAGUAUUUCUGAUGGUGAAAGGGUUCUGCCAUUUUGUGGAGCAGGUAAUUACACUCUUGGCAAUAAUAUCCUUCGACAUUCACUUCCACUUCCACCACCAAAAAUCCAUCCUUCCCUCCGUACCGCUUCUAUUUCAUCUGAGGCAUUUGAAGACGGUGAUUUCCUCUGCUCGCUGCACUGGUGCGAGUGUCACUUAGAAGUUUCAGAAGCAGCAAGUCCAUGCAGUAUCUGUAGGGCUCUCAGUGACUCCGAGUUUCUUCGAUGCCUUGAUAAUGAACAGUGGAUAGCAUUACGGCGCACCACACAAAUAUUUCGAUGGCUCCUUCAAGAUGAAGUGGUAUGCUCACAGCGUUUACUGCAGCCUCUGCUUGUUUCCACAGUGGAGGCGGUCCUUCGCCAUAUGGAGAACACGAAGUCCCUUCUUUUGAACAUUGUUCCAUCCUCCGCUGUACUAAUGCCAUUUCAUAUCAGUCACUCAUACGCUCUUUUAUCCAAGGCUUGCAUACGUUAUAAAAAGGGGGCUAAUUCUGGCGCAUCUGAUGUUUUGCUAGAUCUGAUGCGAGCGAUUGGAUGGGAAAGCAUCGAUCUUUCGUUUAUUUCCAAAUCUGAUAAGGCUAUUCCACGAUUUUUGGAUCGGCUGCAGAGCAUCUCUUUCCGUUAUGCACAAGCGCAGCUUAAUCACAUAGGGGAUUACUAUGUGGUAUGUAGAUCCGAACCGUCGCAUCCGCCGCUUUUGUCACCAUCGCCCCAACGAGAGAGGAAGGAACAGUGUCCACUUGCAAGAAGUGCCUCAGAAGUGGGGAUUUCCACGCAAAUUGAGACAAAACCUACUUCUAUUAGAUUUUGGGAUUUUGAAGUCUGCGAACUGGCAAAUGUUUCCAAUAUUGGGAAGGUUCCUUCACACUCACUGUCCUUACCGUUAACCCUGCAGCCAUCUCAGAACAGUAAGUUUUUCAUUAUUGAAUUAGCUUAA